CUAAAAUCUUAAUGUCUGAUAUAUGUUAUGUUCAGUCUGAUAAAAUAGUGUAGAGCUACGUCCAUUUGUCAUAUAAUAUCAAAGUUUUAAAUUCUAUUCAUGUUUGAUAAUCUAAAAAUAUUUUUCAAAGAUCCACAAAUAAGUGUUCUGGAUACAAGUUUUUGUGUUGUUGGAAGCAAUAAUCCGAUACAGCUGAGAGGUGGUCAAUCAGAUGACAGUGACAAUGUCUGGUGACAAACUAUUCUUUUUGGCUCUAUCUUUCGUUCUAUAUUUCGUUGCGGUAAAAUCAAAAGAAUGUAACCAAGAUCCAGAUUCUUUAUGCAAAUGUACCUUUGACGACGGUAGUGUUAUAGAUAUUACAAGUUUAGGAAACUCAGACAACACGCCAAGAUUUGCAGAUGUUUUAGCACAAAGUGAAGGAAAUUUUUACUCGUAUAACCCGUGUUACCCUUUUACAGAGGAACAAUGUGACGACGCAGCAGUAUGUAUCAUAAAUCCGGAUAAAACUCAAUCGAUCACUGUAGGCGAUGCUGCUAAAGCUGCCUUUAAAUAUGACGAUGAUUCUGGAAAUGUGAUAGCUGGAUAUACAUCUGGAACAAUAAAAGACUUAAGACUAUCUGAGAUCAUUUUAAAAUGUGAUCAAAGUGCUUGUGAUCCUGAGAUAACAGCCGAUGGUCAACAAGAUCAGGGAUUCUUUCAAAUGACACUUACAACAGUAUGCGCAUGUCCAGAUGGAUGCAGCUCUUCGGGUCCAAAAAGCUGUGGGAGUUCGGGAGGAAUAUCUGUAGGAACAAUUCUUUGCAUUUUAGUGUUAUCUAUUGUGGUGCUGUAUUUUGUUGUGGGCACUGUAAUUAUGAAAUUUGUUCUGAAGAAAGAAGGGAUAGAAGUUAUACCUAAUGUUGUACUUUGGAGAAGUGUGCCAGUUUUGAUAAAGACUGGAUUUCUGUUUAUGAUCAGCAAAUGCCGCAAAAGCACUAGCUACGAAAAGAUAUGAGUGACAUUAAUAUUAAAGUAAACAUGUAAAAAUACGUGAAAGAUUUGGACUACGCCGUAUAUAAUAAAUUCAACUUACAUUGUUAUAAUGUAAUAAGUAUUUAUACGAUAGGUCACCCUGCAUGAAUCAUACGUAAAAUGUGGAAAAAAAAUGCUCGUAAUUGAAUUAAAAGUCCCUUCAAUGAAAUUUUUCACAGUCACAAUAAGUUUUGAAUUAUCAAUAAAGUACGCAUGCGUAAAAUACAGUUCAGUCAUAAAGCACAAGCUACUGAUUUAUUUAUGGGUCAUGUAAUAAUGUUGUUUGUAAUAGAGAUAUUAAAAGCCUUGACGGUUCUUUAAUCUUGCAAAGUAUCCUACAAAAAUCGUAUAAUAAUAUGCACACAUUAGUCCGGCACAUAUAUGGAUUGAGUUUAAUGACUUAUUUUGAGUCAACGAGCCCAAAUUAUAUAAAAACACAAACUAAUAUGACUACUCCCUAAACAAGGGUUUGUACUUCACUUUAUUGUUCCUAUACAAAGCAGUAUAUACACACUGUUAAGGAAUACAGUUUAAUUAAUGUCAUUACGUUGUACAAUAAUUAAUGCCAUAUUGAUUGUAUUUUGGCCCGUUGACCUUCUAUUACAAAUAAACCAAUAUUGUAUUAUACACCAGCUAUCUUUCUAUUCAAACAUUGCCUAGACGAGUCUGCCAACUUUUAAAAUCGCAUCAACACAUUUUCAUAUCUUUAAUUUGUGUUUUGACAACCUGACAUCGAAUCGAAUCCAUAUUCUGACAAUAUUACCAAACUUUUUUUUCGAAUCCAGCUAUAAGCAGUCAGUAAAAUGAACAUUUUGCACCUUUCGCAGACAGACCAAACUUUAACUAAAAACUUCAAACUAAUCCGCUUAGCCUUGUUUCAAACUGUUUUGCUUCUGAGAUCCUUAACCGCUGUCAUUUUGCAUCGUGUGUCAUACGCUCCGAUAGGCUCAAUAUUUUUACCUGAUCAAUCGGCGACUUAAUUGUAUUACGAGACUAUUCUAAAGUCGUGUGAUCUGUAAUAGCAGCUGCUUAAAGGAUUAUUUGAUCGAAUAAAAAGUGAUUGAGACAAUCUUGGCUUUACAGGAACUGAGCUUCCAAUUGCAACUGCUGCAGCACACACCAGGAACCAUUUUGAAUGUAUGUCUGUAACUUACAUUUUAUUGAAUAAUAUUGUCAGUACUGAAUAAAAAAUAAAAGAAAA